AUGAUUACUAACGAAAGUCAAUUUUUUGCAUUACGUCAAACAUUAUCAAAUCAACCAACAGCUAAACAAACACAACUUGCUAGAAGUGUAGCUGCCGUCAAUGUUACACAAAAUACUCAACAUGCUCCACAAAGAAAUACACAAUUAAUGGAGGCAUCAAUUAAACGAAACAAUGAUAAAUUCAAAAACAAUCUCUUUGUUCAUGUUACACAUGAGGCCAGACUCAAAGGCUUAGCACGUGAAAUUCAUCUGAUACAUGAUAGUCACUUCAAGAAUACAAUCCAUGGAGAUAUUAGAUUGGUUGUCGGCUAUCGAAACAAUCCAAAUAUAGAAUUCGAACUUUCACGUAAACGACCCUCUUCAUCAAUACUGAAAGAUCCAUUAUCAGAGGCAACAAGUUCUGAUCCAACAUUAUUAUUACCGGAUUAUUUAACAAUAUCGGACAGCAAGUUUAAAGAAAUGUUAUUAACAUCAACGUCAAACAAUAUUAAUACUGAUGCACUCAUUGAAUUAUUGAAUCAGAAAGAAAUAUUAUUAUUUAUUCGUCAACUUACACAGCUCGUCAAUAAAUUAAACUAUUCUCAAUUACAAAAUGAACAAUGGUCUUACUAUUACAAUUUAGGAAUGACCGAAGGUAUAUGGAAUGGACGAGUAUCGAAAAAAAUGGCCGACGCUAAUUCAAUGUAUUACACAUACGCAAAAAUUAUAUGGAAAGCUAUACAUGAUCAACAAACAAUCAUACAUGAAAUUCUUAUAUUUAAAAAAUGGCUUGAACUUCACCUCAGCACAUCAUCUUGUGAACUUCAACAUUUACAUUUACCAAAUAUCAAUCGUAUAUUCACCUCAUUAGCUUUUCAAGAUGACACAUUAUCAACUGAAAAUAUGGCUCAGCAAACAAAAGUAAGAGCCGAAGAAAUCGUGCAAACUUAUACAAAAAUAGCAACAACAGAGAAAAAUAAACUGCUAUCAACAAGAACUCAUCACAAAAAUGUUCAGCUACUCGACCAAAUCAUCACUACUAUUCUCACACGUGAAAACAACAUGAUACAACGUCGUGUAUGUGAACUACAACGAAAACUUACAAUGAUAUUCAAUGAAACUGCACUGGAACCUUCCAAAGACCAACUCAAUAUACAAAUCAACUAA